GGUGUGUGUGAUUGUGUGUAAUCUCUGACAACACAUAUAUAAAACAACGACGACGGUUUUCGGAUCGAGCAAUCCGAGAACACACUUGUCUCUCGUUCCACUUUCGUAAUUUGUGUAUCGUGCAAUCUUAGUCGUCGUUUCGUUCUUGUAACAUAUAUAAUUUAAUUACAAAAAAACCAAAAAAAAACACAAUGGCAACUCCGAAAGUGUGGGCCAAGAUACAACCUCUGGAAAAUCCCGCGAAUCUUCUGGACAUCACGACGGAACAACUGGCUGUCAGUAUGCAGGAAAGGGAAUUGCGAAAGCAAUUCGACGACGGGGACAACGUGGACAAAUCGGAGAUCGACGCGGGAGAGACGUACGACGCGAGUGACACCGGCAACGACGAGGUCAUCGCGUACCUGCUGCAGUCCCAAUUCAAUCACGAGUACAACGCGAUGCUGAAGCGCACGGAAGACAAGUUCAAUCGCGAUGCGAAAGUGAAUAUCUCGUACAGUAAUUACAGGAACUCUUCCCAAGAGACUAAGGACGAGGAUAGUGUAGAUCCCAAUGCUGUUGACGAUGUCAACAGAGAUUUCGAUCGUUUCGUGAGCAUAGAGAGGGAAUACGCUUCGAUUCCGCGCUGCGGUUACAAGAAGAUGGGAAAAGAUUCGCAAAUAAUAACGAAGCACGAUAUGUUGAUGUCUUCCAGAAUAAACGCCUGUCGGGUGUUGCAAUUCCCGCCUGGCAUUCGCACGGGCGACACCGGCAAAUUUGACGUUAAACUAAACAACAAAGUGUUCAACACCCUGCGCGCUUACAGCCGCGCCCAGUGUUCCAAGGAGAGGGCCAAGAUCUCGCCCAAAUCCAAGACGCAAACCCAUCCGAAAUAGAAGACAAUAUAUACGAAAGUUCGUUUCUCUCUUGCAGCUCUUCCUAUGUCAAAUCUCAAAUCUUCGUUGUCAUUUAAUUCCAUGUUGCGCGUAUCGGUAUCUUGAGUUACCGCGGCGCGCGCUUGUGGUGAUGGCGGUGGUGGUGGUGCUUCUCGCGCCUCGACGCCGGGACGAGAGCGCCAGAUCGACGAUUUAAUAAUCAAAAUUCCUCGAUCUUCGAAUCACAACUGAUUCUGACGCUCGCGUGACAAAGCACCGGAUUGAACGAGUGCGCGUCGCGCACAGACUCCUGUUCAAAACGAGACAACCUGCCGUUUUCAAGCUCAACUGAGUCUGACGUCUCAGGAUACCGAGAGAGAGAGAGAGAGA